CGCAUCGCGAGAAUUGUCGAGCCAUGAGAAGCUACGGCCGAAUGCUAUUUUAAGUACGUGAGCUCGUACGAAAGUACAAACGUAUGUUCGUGAACUUGACGUAGUCCUUUACCUUCGAGACCAUCGCGGGUUCGCGUAGUUACACCGCGAUGACGCGAAUUCCAAGGCCUGUAAAGGCAUGCCGCCAAAUGCCCGUACAGUGUAUCUGCCUUCAGCGAGGCUGCAGCACCCACGUCCCCAUUAAGAAGGCACGGAGUAAACACGCGUUCGCGCAUAUACCGCUUACAAUCUUGAAGGAUCGGCUGUACAAAUGGAGCAUGCAGGUGAUCGGAGAUGACAACGCUCUACGCGAAGUCCGCCUGCAACCUCAAUCUGUAGGCAAUCUUAACAUCGCAGAAGAACACUCUCAAGGCGAGAAUAAGCGCGCGAAACAUGAUCGUGUCAUUUCCGGCUCGACAGUUGAGGAUUGUGGUGCGAAAGCUCGUGAUUUCCGAUCGGCAGCCUUACCACAAGGCUGAACCUCUGGGUUUGAGCUCUGUUGGACCUUGGUAGAUAUUUUUGAGCUUUUGUCGGUAAUGAACGUAUUGAGCCAUGCCUCGAGAAUCUGGAAGCAUCCACGAUUGGUGACCAGUAGCUCAUCUAGCGACCCGGGCGGCACACGCGCGACACAGUGCCGGACGGGCUGUAGAGGACCACCAGCGUAGCUCUUACACCAUGCGACCCAAGGUUCUAAUGCUGCUAGGUUUUGCCUUGUGUUUUAUUCAAGCUCAUACGGUAGAAGUUUCGAUCGCGCUAAAGUUGAGAGAGCAUUCGGGCUGUGCAGUGACGGAAGUGGAAAUACGUGCCGUCUCUCUCGCGGUCCGAGUGGAUUUCUUCUGCGACAGUGUUUGAUAGGUACCGUCAUGAUACACAACUUGAAUCGAUGUAGACCGACCUCAUGGAUAGCAUGAACUAGUUUC